GUGUGUUUCUGGUGUUCUCUGGUGUAGAGAUGGUUCUGGUGUUCUCUGGUGUAGAGACGGUUCUGGUGUUCUCUGGUGUAGAGACGGUUCUGGUGUUCUCUGGUGUAGAGACGGUUCUGGUGUUCUCUGGUGUAGGGACGGUUCUGGUGUUCUCUGGUGUAGGGACGGUUCUGGUGUUCUCUGGUGUAGAGACGGUUCUGGUGUUCUCUGGUGUAGAGACGGUUCUGGUGUUCUCUGGUGUAGAGAUGGUUCUGGUGUUCUCUGGUAAGGGACGGUUCUGGUGUUCUCUGGUGUAGGGACGGUUCUGGUGUUCUCUGGUGUAGAGACGGUUCUGGUGUUCUCUCGUAUAGAGACGGUUCUGGUGUUCUCUGGUGUAGAGACGGUUCUGGUGUUCUCUGGUUCUGGUGUUCUCUGGUGUAGAGACGGUUCUGGUGUUCUCUGGUGUAGAGACGGUUCUGGUGUUCUCUGGUUCUGGUGUUCUCUGGUGUAGAGACGGUUCUGGUGUUCUCUGGUGUAGAGACGGUUCUGGUGUUCUCUGGUGUAGAGACGGUUCUGGUGUUCUCUGGUGUAGAGACGGUUCUGGUGUUCUCUGGUGUAGGGGCGGUCGGUAAAUCCUCAGUCCAGGUGUGGAUCUGGUUUUCUCUGGUGUAGAGACGGUUCUGGUGUUCUCUGGUGUAGAGAUGGUUCUGGUGUUCUCUGGUGUAGAGACGGUUCUGGUGUUCUCUGGUGUAGAGAUGGUUCUGGUGUUCUCUGGUGUAGAGACGGUUCUGGUGUUCUCUGGUGUAGAGACGGUUCUGGUGUUCUCUGGUGUAGAGAUGGUUCUGGUGUUCUCUGGUGUAGAGACGGUUCUGGUGUUCUCUGGUGUAGAGACGGUUCUGGUGUUCUCUGGUGUAGGGACGGUUCUGGUGUUCUCUGGUGUAGGGACGGUUCUGGUGUUCUCUGGUGUAGAGACGGUUCUGGUGUUCUCUGGUGUAGAGAUGGUUCUGGUGUUCUCUGGUGUAGAGACGGUUCUGGUGUUCUCUCGUGUAGAGACGGUUCUGGUGUUCUCUGGUGUAGAGACGGUUCUGGUGUUCUCUGGUUCUGGUGUUCUCUGGUGUAGAGACGGUUCUGGUGUUCUCUGGUGUAGAGACGGUUCUGGUGUUCUCUGGUUCUGGUGUUCUCUGGUGUAGAGAUGGUUCUGGUGUUCUCUGGUGUAGAGAUGGUUCUGGUGUUCUCUGGUGUAGGGACGGUC